UGUGGGAGGAAAAGAUGGUGAGGAUACCGACUAAUGGUAUUGAGGAGAAGAAUCCUAGCUUCUUCAAGAUUAUUCUACCUGGCCGCAACUCUGAGUAUGUGAGAAUUCCACGUAGAUUUGUCCAAGAGCACAUUGUGAACAAACUCCCUAAAAUGGCGACAUUGAAAUUGAAGCGAUCCUCGGAGUAUUCAAGGAAUGUAAAAGUGAAAAAAUCAGGAGAAGAUGUGUUUUUGAAAGAUGGAUGGCUUGAGUUUAUGAGAGAUGCCUGCUUGGGUGAUAAAGAGUUUUUAGUGUUCAUAUACACUGGAAAAAUGCAUUUCAGCGUAAAGGUUUACGACAAGAAUGCGUGUGAGAGAAUGGUUUUCCCUGAGAUCAAAACACACCAAAACACAACUUCAUCUAGGAGUACUAAAAGGCCUUGUGGGAGACCAAGAAAAUCUAGCAUAGGCAAUUCAGCUGAUGUGCUCAAGGAGGUUAAAGAGGAUGAAGAAGAUUGCAUUAAGAAUACAGAAAAAUCCAGUUCCAAGAGUACUGAAAUGCCUACUUCUGAGAGUAGAAAAAGAUCUCCUGUUCGACAAAAAGAAACAACUUCUCGGAGUACUAAGAGGCCUCGUGGUAGACCAAGAAAAUACCCUGUCACAUAUAAAGACUCGGGCAAGUACAUUCCAAAAUCUGAAUUUGAUGUACUCAGAGAGGUUAAAGAAGAGGAAGUAGAGUACCAAGAAUCUGGGGAGUUGAUGAAAUCCGAAUUGCAAUAUUUUACAAGCAAAAUCCACAGACUAAGUCAAGUGUACAUGUGCAAACCGUUCUAUGUGGAAAAUCUUUCAUCACGAAACUAUGACUUCCUUUUCCUGAAAAAUUCAGAGGGAACAGAAUGGUACAAAGUGACGCUUAGCCGUUACCGUGACACGGCUUUCAUGACUAAAGGGUGGCAUGCUUUUGCAGUUGCUAACCAAGUCAAGGUGGGCAGUCUCUGCCAAUUUCACUUCCUAAAAGAGAACAAAAUUGUUGUUCACAUAUUGAACAGCUGAAGCUGUCAACCAACUGUAAGAAUAGUUUGAGCUAGCUAGUGAUCUUUAAGGUCUUGUAGCCGAGACAUAUGGUACUCGAUUACUUUCGCUUAUGGUAACUUCCCAUUUCGUAUUGUAUCGUAGUACAUAUGUCGUCUCUAUGUAUUUAGUGUUAUGUGGGAUCAUGAAAUUUGCAAUUCCCACAACAAUGCUACUCUUGUGAGUGUUAUGUUGUAUAAUAGAUUAUAAUUAAUGAAUUCUCUACUGUUUGUAGAAGAUAUAUUGACA